AUGGAACGCCCGGAGACCCACGAUCGUGGCACGUCGCCCGGGCAACCGGGGACGAUAAAGCCCUCCCAAGGCGGCGGCGGCGGUGUAGCGGACGCUAUGAUGUCCAACCCCGAGCCUGGUCUGCCCCUUCUCCCGGGCACGUCCUGUGCGGACCCCACGAAAACAGACUUCCAUAGAAGCCAGACACUGAACUACUCGCAUGGCUAUGCAAUGGCUCGUCGUCCAACGGUUGGAAUAGGCGGGGACCGGCUCCAGGUCAACCAGGGUCCCAGGCUGACCUGGAUGAGUUGGCCAACAAGGCACCACUUCUAA